AUGUUUCAUACACGCUUCAGAAACGAGGACGAAGGGGAGGUGGAAGACCGUCUGGCCAGUUUCCUGCCCGUCCUCUACCCAGAGUCUGCGCCGUCUUGCGUUGGACAGCCGGGCCAGCAGCUCGUCUACUCGUCUUCGAUCUUUGGAGACCUCGCCUUGUCGAUACCAGACUAUUCACGGGAGAAGGCAGAUACGGACACAGAUACAGAAGCAGGAGAAGGAGAAGGACAGGCAAGGAAGAAAACUACACCGGGAGCAGAGGUAGAGAAGGCUCGCAGGCUGUUUGCUCACUAUCUCUGGGGCUCUGGCUUGCUGGUGACGGACGGGAUAGAGAGAGAUUCCUCUGAUGCUGCUUCGGCUCCAGCUUCGACUUCAUGGAGUGUACGAGGGCACCGGAUCCUUGAGCUCGGUGCAGGUGCCGCCCUUCCCUCCAUCGUCAGCGUGCUCGCCGGUGCAGCGUCCGUCACCGUCACGGACCAUCCGUCAGCUCCAGGCCUGUACGGGCCCAUCCAGUCGAACAUCAAGAAGAAUAUACCCCAGCACCUCGCAGACCGUAUAUCAGUGCAGCCGUACCAGUGGGGGGUCUUUGAGGGGAGCGUCAGCGUAGACGAGGAGGAGCUGGAGACCAGCCAUCUGGCUCGGAUGGCUGGCUUUGCGGCCGCCAACAGAGGUCGGUUCGGUCGUGUCAUCUGUGCGGACUGUCUGUGGAUGCCAUCUCAGCAUGAAAACCUCAUUCAGACGCUGCUCUGGUUCCUGAGUCCGUCGUCGUCUUCUUCUCCAGGUAUAGCGUGGGUGGUUGCUGGGCUUCACACCGGUCGAGAUAUCGUGGCGUCCUUCUUUCAAAAGGCAGUGGCCUCGGGCCUGGUGGUCGAGAAGAUGUGGGAGAGAGACAUGAAUUCCGCAGAGGGAGAGCGGACGAGAGAGUGGAAGGCCGUCAGAGAGGAUGAAGGGCCGGAGAACAGAGCCAGAUGGUGUAUCGUUGCCAUGCUGCGAAGGUAG